GAUGCUGCUAACGUGAAAAUGGUAACUGUAGCGGAGCUCGCCAGUCUGCUGCUGGUGUCGGUGCUGUGGGGCUGCACCAACCCUUUCCUGAAGAAAGGCUCAGAAGGGAUAGAACACGUGACAACAACCAGCAACGUCUCACAGCUUCUGGCUGAAAUCAAGUUCCUUUUCCUAAACCUCAAGUACUUGGUCCCAUUUCUGCUAAACCAGAGUGGCUCUCUGGUUUACUACUACACAUUGUCAACCACAGAGUUAUCCCUCGCUGUUCCUGUAGCUAACUCGCUCACCUUCCUUUUCACUCUGCUGACUGGGAAGCUACUGGGAGAAGAAUUUGGAGGCAAACAAGCUGUAGCCGGGAUGCUCCUCACCACGGCUGGCAUCACUCUGUGCAUUAUUAGCUCCAUGAGCGAACAGAACACGAGCCCCCCCGAGCUCUAACAGAGAACUGUUCUGUCAGCAGGGCGUUAAAUAACACCAAAGCUGGUGAAGGGGACCGCUUAGAUUUAGGCAGAGCGACGUCUCUGGAGGGAGAAUGCGCUUAACGUGAGCAUCUAAAGGCCGGUGUGGAAACAAGUAGUUAAAGUGAGUUCAUCUAGAGGUCAGUCCAAAGCUAGGGUGGAUUUAUGGCCCUCACAAAGGAAAUCAGAGCUUGUUUGCUUUUGCUCGUAAGCGCUCUGUUGCUCUGUGGGUGAAGAUGUUAGAGACGACAUAAGGCAUGGGGUAAAGAUGGACCAAUCACAUGCCACCUCCUCAGUUUGUAUAACAGCUGUAUCCUUUAUAUUAUGUGUGUGUAUAUAUAUAUAUAAUUUUGUCCCCCAUUGCAAAGCAAAAAGGGGAAGCUUAUUCAGUGAAGGUCAAGGCCACCAUUGGCCACCCCCUGGCUCCGUCAUUGUACCAGGUGGUGGAAAAAAAUUGCUCCCUCCGCUCGCCAGUAUCCGUCACUCUGCAGCACCUUGGAAAAUAAAAUAAAAACUCCGUUCCUCAGUGUAACUUCUACCCACUGGAAGAUCUUGCGCAAAAAAAACAAAACAUUAAGGUUUACUUGGAUUCUCUGUUGAAUUCCAGUCUAGAAAAACACUCAUCUCAAAAAUUACAAACAUUUACUCUUCAAAUCCUAGUGACGGGGGACACUGGUGUACUGGUUGGUAAAUUAAAAACAUCACAUUAGGCCAGUUGAAAGUUUCCCAUUCGUCUCCUUUUCUUCUUGGUUGCCUUGCGUCUCAGCCGUUCUACUGAAGUACCGGUAGAUAUUUCACUGGGAAAAACUCUUAACAAGCCGCUUGAUGCUGCUAAAAUAUCUAGGAAGUAAAAGAUUAAGACAGGACACGUGCAUAGUAAUAUAUAUAUAUAUAUAUAUAUAUAUAUUUAUUGUCACAGUAUUUUGAUUCA